AUGCAAGCGUCACAAAAUAUAAUUAAGCAAAAUAUAAUAUUUUUAAAUAAUAAUAUCCCUAAUUUAAAUAUUAAAUAUGAAGAUUUAUUUAAUAAAAAUGGAAAAUGUAAUUUUAGUAGAAUAAUUUUAUACAUUUAUGAAACUAUUACAUUAGAUAAGGUAGAAGAUAUUAAUCCAAGGAAUAGUCAAAAAAUUUCUUAUCAAAUAUUAAUGGGUUCACAAAAAUUUUACUCAAUAAAAAAAGUUCAAGAAAUUUUAAAAAUAUUUUUAAAUAAAGAUAAAAUAUCUUUAAAAAGAAUUCAUCGUCCUGAUAAUAUGUUAGUUUGUGAAACGUUAAAUUUUUUAAGAAAACUAUAUAGUGCUGGAAUAGUUUUACGUAAUGAGGUUUUAAAAAUUCAUGAAGAAAUUAAUGAAAGGAAAGAAUUAUUUAUAUCAUUAAAUGAAGAAAAAAAAAAUUUAGAAAAUAUAUUAGCUAGCUAUGAUAAUACAAAUAAAUUUGAAGAAACUGAAAAACUUUUAUUUCAAGUACAUGAAGAUUUCACUAAGAAAGAAAUUAUUAAAGAAAAAUUAUUAUUAGAAGUUAAACAAUUUGAUGAAGAAACAGUAUGUCUAAUGAAUCAAAUAGAUAUAGCAAAAAAAAGAGAAAUAGAUUUAGAAAAAGAAUAUAAACAAUUAUUGUCAUUAUUAACAAAUGCUAAAAGUGAAAUGAUAUUCGAUGAUACUUUUGUUGCAGAGGGAAAUAAAAGAUUUCUUGAAACAUCAUUUGUUUUGGAAGAUGAAAAAAAAAUUUUAGAAAAUGAAAUAGAAAAAAUAGAUUAUAGAUUUAAUCUUUUAAAUCAACUAAAUGAAAUUAUUGAUAAAAAAUAUGAGGCAUUAGAAUAUUUAAAAAACAAUUAUGAAUCUUUAAAAAAUAUUGAUGAAAAAAUAAAUAAUGAAUGUAAAAAUAUUGAAGAAAAGUAUAAAACUUUUCUUACAUUUUUUAAUGAACCAUUAGAUUUAUUAAGAAAACAUGAACAAGUGUCAACAAAUUCUUUAGAUGUAAUAAAAAAUAUAUUCUUAUUAAAAAUAAAUGAAUCUAUAGAAAAAACAAAAAGAUAUAUUGAAAAUUUUGAAAAAAUUGAUAAAUAUGAAUUAUUUAAAGAUAGGUAUAAUAAAGAAAUAGAUAAAUUUUUUGAAUAA